AUCCCACCACCACGCCGCAAGAAGGCUAAGACUAGUCACGAGGAUAGCAGCAACACCGAAAAUUCUAUAGAAGCUCCAUCAGUCGUCGUACAGUUCACAUCUGCAGAUGAUGGAUCAAAUUUGGGACCAGCGGUGAAUCUUCCAGCUGAUACGCCCCGUGAAGCAUUAGAAGUGUUAGUUAAUCAGUUGAAGGGUAGCUCAGACGAUCCAGUACCAUUCUCAUUCCACCUCGACCUUGGGGAUGUUAACCAGAACGUAAACCCAGAGGAGCAGAAGCUACAAGUGUCUAGGUUGCCUAUUAGUAAUAAUAUACUCACAGACGCACUCUCGCAGAAGAAUAUAACGACCUUUGGCUUAUCUACAGAAGACACGUUUAAAAUAAUAUGCGAACCACAGGCUGUAUUUAGAGUCAGACCUGCCACUAGGUGUUCAUCUACGCUAUCUGGUCACUCCUCGCCGAUCCUCUGUGCAUCGUUUAGUCCAACGGGAAGAAUGCUGGCUACUGGUGGAGGAGACUGUACAGCUCGUUUGUGGGAUCUCGAUACAGAACUGCCAAAACAUACACUCGUCGGUCACCCAUCCUUUGUUCUCUGUGUUGAAUGGGAACCACGCGAACGAAUGCUAGCAUCCGGUAGCAAAGACGGUAGUUUGCGUCUCUGGGAUCCAAAGACAGGUAGUGCGAUUGGUGGUGCUCUCAAGGGACACACUAAGUGGAUAACGAGUAUAGCAUGGGAACCAACACACCUCAACGCGAAGAACCCAAGAUUUGCAACCUCAUCCAAAGAUGCAACCGUCAAGGUUUGGUCUAGCGACACUCGUAGAUUGGAGUACACUCUUGGUGGACAUACAGGUUCUGUCAAUAUCGUCAAGUGGAGCGGUGAAAAUGUCCUCUAUACCGCUAGUCAAGACCGGUCAAUAAAGGUAUGGAGCAGCGAUGGAAAGCUUAUUAGGUCAUUGAAUGAGCAUGCUCAUUGGGUCAACACUCUAGCAUUAUCGACGGAUUUCGUUCUUCGGACUGGUCCAUUCGACUGGCGGGGCUCUAAGCCAAACUCAGAUGAGGAGGCUAUGGCUAUGGCCAAAGAGAGAUAUGACAGCCUUGUAAAGAGGGCUCCAGAACUUGUUAUUAGUGGCUCAGAUGAUCACACUCUCUAUUUGUGGUCACCACUCGCACAGAAAAAGAGCAUUGCAAGAUUAACGGGACACCAGAAGCAGGUCAACCACGUUGUAUUCUCUCCAGAUUCUAGAUAUAUUGCUUCAGCUAGUUUCGACAACGGUAUCAAACUUUGGGAUGGUCGUACAGGAAAAUUCAUUGCCAGUUUAAGAGGACACGUCGCACCAGUUUAUCGUAUUGCUUGGUCAGCUGAUAGUCGUAUGCUCAUAUCAGCUUCUAAGGAUUCUACACUUAAGAUUUGGGAUCUCAAGACUAACAAGAUCAGAGUAGAUCUGCCUGGUCACACAGAUGAGGUGUAUUGCGUCGAUUUCGUUGCUGAUAAGGUUGUUUCCGGCGGCAGAGAUUGUACGGUUAAAAUAUGGAAAAAUUAAAUUAUAUAGAAGAUAUUUGUAAUGUAAUCUAAUUUACUUUCUUGCUGAGUUACUAUGACGCUUAGAUUAAUAGAGAGGCAGGCAAUAGCGAUCUGUAAUAAACCACUCACGAGGUCGCUAGCUACGCAACACAAGCAGUUGCCACCAAAGAGUGAUAAAGACACAGAAAGUGUCGCAAACCGCGUACGAAGGAAAUUGAAUGAUGGAUUAGGUCUCGAUGAUUUCUUAAAAGGACCUGAACACCUCACUGAGGCUAUCGAAUCAGUAAAAAACGAGAAAGAAGAACGUGUACAACUUGGAAAAACAGGUGAACCGCGCUUACCUGAAUGGCUGAGGAGCAGUCCAGGUGAAGCUGUACCAACUUCAAAUUCUUACAAAAAGAUUAAAAAGGAUUUGAGAGGUUUGGGCUUACACACCGUAUGUGAAGAAGCUCGCUGUCCAAACAUAGGCGAUUGCUGGGGUGGCAGUACAUCAGACGAUCCAAAUGAGAGAGCACAUGCAACAGCAACUAUCAUGUUAAUGGGCGACACAUGUACUCGUGCAUGUAGGUUUUGCUCAGUCAAGACAAGUAGAGCUCCACCACCGCUCGAUCCACACGAGCCAGAGAACACAGCCGAGGCUAUUAGUAGAUGGGGUAUCGGAUACGUCGUUCUCACCUCAGUCGAUAGAGAUGAUCUCGUUGAUGGUGGUAGCCAUCAUUUCGCUAGUACGAUCAGGAAGAUCAAGCAGAAAUCACCUAAUAUGCUCGUAGAGGCUCUUACUGGUGACUUCCACGGUAAUAUGGACUCAGCUAGAACGUUAGCUAUGAGUGGUUUAGAUGUAUACGCUCAUAAUGUCGAAACUGUCCCGGAAUGUACCCCAUUUGUUCGUGAUAGAAGAGCAUCAUUCGAGCAGUCUAUCAAAGUACUUGAAACAGCGAAGGAAGUUAGAGGUGGUCUUCAAAAUCCAAAGGUGAAGGGUAUGCAGGGUCUAGUAACAAAGACGUCUAUCAUGUUGGGUGUCGGAGAGACUGAAGAAAUGAUCGUGAACGCUCUUAAAAGACUCAGACGGGCGGACGUCGAUGUCGUCACUUUUGGUCAAUACAUGAGACCAACGAAGAGACACAUGAAGGUCGACAGGUACGUGCAUCCGGAUGAGUUUGAAAAGUGGAAAAACGUGGCUGAGGAGAUGGGAUUCCUCUAUGUUGCUUCUGGACCGCUGGUAAGAAGCUCCUAUAAGGCUGGAGAGUUCUUCAUUGAGAACGUCCUCCGGGGGAACAAAAAGCAAGGACAGGAAAUACCAAGAGAGGUGAAGAAAGCGGUUGCUGAUUUGAGCGCUGCAGAGUCACCUUUGAGAAGGAGGAAGGAGAGGGAUUCUCUCUAGAUGAUAGCGAAAUUGUAUGACCUAAAUAUUAGCAUGUAUAAAGCAUUUCAACAGUGUAGCUGU